GCAGUCUAUGUGUCAAGUCAAACUGGAGGGAGCUGAAAACUCAAAGGAGAAGCAUUUACGCACAGGUCCUACACUCAGCUGGGGCGGAAACAAUCUGCGGCUGCAGGUUUGCCACCGGCGGCAAAAAAGGGGACACACGCAGCACUGCGGAGGAACUGAGAAUGAAUGACCGCGUUCAAACAAAGUGGUCGUGAGUUUCUGUUGGGAAAGCAUCAAGAUCUGCGGCAAACUGUGCAGGAUUGCCUUCAUCUCCAAAAUCCGGGUUGCAGCCGGUGAUUGGCAGGAGGAGGAGAGUCUGACAGAGGAGCAGAGGAAUGUUGGCAGCCAUUUAGUCUGAGCUCAACAACGGAGGAAACAUGGAUUCUUCACAAAAAAAAUGUAAACGCAGCAAUGGAGUGAGAUGUCGGACCUCUGAGGAGGAUAAGGAUGGUUCAGCAACAACAGCAAAAAGAGAUGAAUCACUCAGUUGUGAGCAAUGUGGCAAGACUUUUAUCACAGCAACAAAGCUAAGAAUUCACAAACGUAUUCACGCUGUGGACAAACCAUUCAGCUGUGAUCAGUGUGGAAAGGCUUUUGCGACGAAGAGUCACUUAAAAAGACAUCAACUAAUGCACAAUAGAGUUAAACCAUUCAGCUGUGAUCAGUGUGGAAAGGCUUUUACUCAGAAGGGUCACUUAAAAAUCCAUCAGCUCCUUCACAGUGGAGUGAAACCAUUCAACUGUGAUCAGUGUGGAAAGGCUUUUACUCAGAAGAGUCAUCUGGCAAAUCAUCAACUCAUUCACAGUGGAGUGAAACUGUUCAGCUGUGAUCAGUGUGGAAAGGCUUUUACUCACAAGAGUAUGUUAAAAAGUCAUCAACUUAUUCACAGUGGAGUUAAACCAUUCAGCUGUGAUCAGUGUGGAAAGGCUUUUACUCGGAAGAGUCACUUAAAAAGACAUCAACUCAUUCACAGUGAAGUUAAACCAUUCAGCUGUAAUCAGUGUGGAAAGGCUUUUACUCGGAAGAGUAAUCUAGCAAAUCAUCAACUUAUUCACAGUGGAGUUAAAUUGUUCAGCUGUGAUCAGUGUGGAAAGGCUUUUACUCAGAAGAGUCACUUAAAAAAUCAUCAACUCAUUCACAGUGGAGUUAAACGAUUCAACUGUGAUCAGUGUGUGAAAACCUUUACUCAGCAUGAACAGUUGACCCAUCAAUGCCCCCAUUCUGGUAGAAAGCAGUACCACUGUGACUCCUGUGAAAAAACUUUCAAGCACCAACAGGACUUAAAAUAUCACCAACGCAUCCACACUGGACAUGAUUUGUGGGUAUGUGAUCACUGUGGUGAACCAUUUGUAUGGUACUCACAGUUAAAAGCUCAUGAAGUGACCCACACUGGGGUUAAACCAUACCUUUGUGACCAGUGUGGGAAGCGCUACAGCUACAUUAAAUACCUCAAAGUUCACCAACGUGUCCACACUGGGGAGAGACCAUACAGAUGUAAUGAGUGCAAGAAGGCUUUUACAACUUUGUAUUCCUUGAAACAACACCAGCAGAUCCACACCAGAAAGAAAGCAUUCAAUCAGUGUCACAGUGAGCAGAACGGAAGAGAUGGACAAAACUCUCAGACUUGUCAGCACUCUGCCAAUGGUGAACAGUGCUGCUUUGACCAGUCUGGACCAACAUCCAACCAACAAGGAACCCUACAACGACACCAGCGUAUGCACACUGGACACAGACUGAACCCCUGCCAAGAAGAUUUCUCCAUGCAGGGUUCAGUAAAAGUUCAUGAAGUCCUCCACAAACUUAAAGUCCUUGAGAUCCGGCUUCACAGAAUUCAGGUCUAAUUUCUUGUUUAGUGUCUUCUUUGCUUCGUUGCAAAAUCCAUUAAGAGGAAAGCUGUCAUUAACAGACGUGACUGGUAAAUUAAUUAAACCAUUCAAAGUGGUUACUCAGUUAAAUGAAUUAUCAGUGGUAGAGGGAUAGACGUCUGGAUGGAGGCAGUGAGCAGCAGGGCGAAUUUCCUCAAUUACCACCUUAAUGGUUCCUGAGAUCCCUCUGGGCUGCAGGAACCCGUUAGAUGCAGAGCUGGUUUAGUGAUUCUCUGAUGAUUAAGCAUAAUUAAUUGAGGAGAUUACUGGCCUUAGGAUUCCUGUCUGUCCAUCUGUAAAUAUAAAAACAUGAAGUGUUCUAUGAAAAGUCCAAUCUUUGAAAGCUGACAUGUAGUUCAGAAUCAUUUCUUUGUAAAUUAGCUGCAUCCAGUCAUUACCAUGACACUGGCAGUGAUUCUCUGAUGAUUAAUCAUAAUUGAGGAGAUUACUGGCCUUAGGAUUCCUAUCUAUCAUCUAUCUAUCUAUCGAUCAUCUAUCAUCUAUUUAUCUCUCCAAACUUUCUCAGCUACAACAUCUGCACCUCUGCUGCUGUGUGAAGUAGUCAUUACAGGAGAGAAAGUGUAGAAAAUCUGACAGAUUUUGUCAAGUGGUCCAGAAAAAUCUGACUCCAGAUUUUAUUUCAUAUCAUACAAUCUGCACUUUUAACUCAACCUGCAUAUUUCUGUUAAAGCCCUAGUUUUGAAAUGGUCUCUCUGUUCUUAAUCUGCCAUACUGUGAUCAUUUAGCCCCUUAUUUUAUUAUUCUGUUCUUAUAAACUGUAAUUAGUUUUUUUUAAACUUGUUGUAAUUUGGUGUUUUAGCUGUUGUAGCAAAUAAUUUCCCAGGUGUGGGAUAAAUAAAGAAUUUCAAUUCUAUUAUAUUGUUAACUGGCCCAAUAAAAAUAACAACAAUAAAUUACUUUAUACUUAAGAACUAUACUUAUAUUAAAGACUUUAUACAUAAAUACCAGACAUAUUUUGAUGCCAUAUCUUGCAUUCUUCGGGAGUCCGAUUUUAAGUAAGGAGAUAUGAAGUUUUCUCAGUGAACAAUUAUUUUAAUGACACGUGUAGAACACUGAUGGAAUGUGAACAAUAUUUGGUGACUACACCCUGUCCUGUCCUGAUGUCCUCAUAGGAGUGAAGCUGAGAGUAGCGUAGGAUCUCCCCAAUGCCAUUUAGGGUGCGCACAUACGGAUGAGAAGAGGAGGAGAAACAUGUCACCUAAUCAUAUUUAACAGGAAAACAUGUCUGCAGCUCAGUACUUAGUCACAUUUAACCCAAAAACAACAGCAAAAGCAGUAAACGUACAACAGAAAAACCUGUCAAGUGGCCACAGAGUGAAAAGUAAGUCACACGCGUUCAUGCGAAGGGGGAGUCAGAUUUUGCCGGGGAGUGUGAAAAUUGCACAACACCUGGAUGAGUCCGAAUCCUUUUUUCUGAUUGGCUGAGACGAGACACGUGACAGUGUGCAUCUAUUAAUGAUCGGAAGCAUUCAGGUCGUUCCGGUUAUACUCGGUAGCGCUCUUCAGUAAAGGAGACGCAGUUUGUUAUUUUCUUUGAUUAUCGCUUGGCAAAUUACAAAAAAGUUGCAAGUGAACCCUUUUUUCACAUUUAUUAGGCAAAAUUAGCUUCGACACCGUGGCUAAACAUGCUAAAAAUGGCUUUGCCAUCCUGAGGAAGGCUUCGCCUAUGGAGAAGUGGCGAAUGGCUAGCACAAGCACAGAGACACCCUGAAAAUUUGACACAAUCUUAAAUAUUAUGAAAUAUUUGUUGAAAAGUCUUUUUUGCGUGUUUCUAAGGGUGUGGCUGCAUCAGAAAGACACAAAUACAAAUGUUUUUUUUUUUUUUGGUUUGUUGUUAAGAAAUAUUUUAUGGAACCAGUCAAUUUUCAGUUUUAAUGUCUUUUUUUAGGAUGUGUUUAGUUUUAUGAUUGUACUAAAAUAAAUGACUCUUGAAGACCUCAAA